GUCAGAAUGAAAGUGAUCUUCACACCGUUUGCUCUAAAAGACAAAACUUUUGGAGGAUAAUCGCUGCUGCAGCUUCAUUCGCGGUUAUGUAGAAACAACAGUCCACAAGGAUGAUUGUUCUCUUCUCACUGAUUAUCGGAGGCGAUGCACUUCUUCAGUGGAUUUGGGACUUCAUAUAUGCGGAACGUCAUGUGCUCCUGUCACCCCACAUUAGCGUGUGCGCAGCUUUUAUAACUCACCUCAUCUUCUCUGCUCCCUUCAUGCUUCUCGACGUGUUCAGUCCAUACGUGGGAUGGCUUAAUAAGUACAGGAUAUGCCGUGAAGUCGUUGGCUUGCGUCAGUGGUUUCGAUGUGCUACUCUAAUUUUAAGGAAAUACAUUGUUGGCGUUUUACCGUUAACUGCAGUGUUUCUGUCGGUACGACGCACGCACUUCCCGGAGAGAGCACCGUCUUGUUUCCAUGCCUUCAGGGAAUGUGUCUCGUGCAUGCUGAUAUUCGAUACGCUCUUCUUCUUUUGUCAUUACACCAUUCACAAAAUUCCCUGGCUGUACCACAACGUCCACAACAUUCACCAUCAGCACAGGGAUACUUUUGCUCUGGCAGCUCAAGACUCCAGUAUUUCUGAACUGCUGUCUUUACAAACCCUUGCAUUUAUAAGUGCCAUGCUUGUGGGCUGCCACCCUUUUAGCGAAAUCCUUUUCCAUCUGGUUAACACCUGGAUGGCUGUGGAGGAUCACUGUGGAUAUGACUUUCCUUGGUCAAUGCAUCGGCUGUUGCCGUGCUUUGGCGGGGCACCGCACCACCUGGCCCAUCAUCAGCACUUUAAAGGGAACUUCGCCCCUUACUUCAGACACUGGGAUUACAUCUUUGGGACCUCGCUGCCAAUUUUAGUAAAUGAGAGAGGCCAUAGAUAGGAUGAACCCGGGUCAAUUGGGCCAUUACAGGACAGUGAGAAUGAGACUACUACAAGUGUCCCAUUGUGUCUAUGAUUUCACCCUAUAUGAAUUAUAAUAACCCAGUUUUUGCAAAGAGUUUUAAAAUUUCUUACUGGAUUAAACCCAGUUUACCCAGCCUGGGAACAUCAAGUUAAUUCUCUUUAUAAUAAUCAGAGAGCUUAGAUUCUUGGUCUGAUUUUGUACUCGGCCUAAACUGUAUAGAAAUCUUAUGUACAUACUGAAUACA